CGACACCAAUAACCCAAGUCAGAACUGAGACACCAAACCGGCCUUCCUCUGAUUCCCCACACCUCAUCUCCCCUUUCCUCUAGUCGUCGCCGUCCUUCACAGCACACUUCGGCGGCCAUCUCCCCGGCGGAGGAGGCGGCCGGAGAUGGACGACGUCAGCGGUGGCGCGCCGGGGGCGGGCUCCAAGAAUAAGAAGCCGCGGCACCUGGCCCGGUCGCUCACCUACCACCACCACCCGUACCAGGGGCGCCACCUGCCGCCGACGACGCCGCCGUCGCCGGCGCCAAACCCGCAGCGCCCGCGGUCGGUGGUCCUCUACACGACGUCGCUCCGCGGCGUGCGCCGCACGUUCGCGGACUGCUGCGCGGUGCGCGCCGCGCUGCGGGGGCUCCGCGUCGCCGUGGACGAGCGCGACGUCUCCAUGGACGCCGCGCUCCGGCGGGAGCUCCAGGGGAUCCUCGCCGCGCGUGGACGCGGCUUCUCGCUCCCGCAGCUCCUCGUCGGGGGCGUGCUCGUCGGCGGCGCCGAGGAGGUCCGCCGCCUGCACGAGUCCGGCGAGCUCCGCCGUGUCCUCGAGGGCGCCCCCGGCCAGGACCCGGCCUUCGUCUGCGGCGCCUGCGGGGGCUUCCGGUUUGUGCCCUGCAGCGCCUGCGACGGUUCCCGCAAGGUGUUCGUAGAGGAAGAGGGGCUCGCCCGCCGCUGCAUUGAGUGCAACGAGAACGGAUUGGUACGCUGCCCCAAUUGCUGUUCUUGAUCGCUCAGUAGAUGAACCUACCAUUUUAACAUAUGCAAACCAAAGAAUUCGAGAUGCAGAGAGAAACAAGGAAGGGGGGCUUCCUUGCUUUCUUGGCCUUUGGUAGUUAUGCACACAGUUGGAGAUCGGGUAUGCUGUUAUUGUUUCGUUGGAGAAUGAAUGGUUUCUUGGCCCGGCAUUUGUGAAAUCUGCAGCACGAUGAUCGCACCUGGUGAUUAAGGUGCCAUCUCAAAAUACUAUACAUGUUUGUGUGUAUGAAAUGUAUUGAGAAAUGUUCUUCAUGUAGUAGGACCAUAGGAGAGAUUUAGAGGCUGUACAUAGAGGCAAGAAAGGUGCAGCCUUCCUUGUUUCCUUGGCCCGAUUUAUGCAUUAAACACCUUGUGGUUGUGUACAGUGUUGGAGAUUGGGUGUGGUGAGUGGUUUUAGUGUUUUGAGGAAGAGGACAAUAUGCCAACAGGGUUAUUGACUGUAUAGUUAAAAAAAAAUCUGUCGUGGGGAAUCGCAAUUGGUGAUUAAGGUGCCAUCUCAUGUAUAUUUGUGUGUGUGUGUGUGGAAUGUAUUGAACAUUGAUAUCCAGAGUGGGUUUGGUCGAUGUAAGUAAUGGAGGUUGUGCUAGACAUUGUUCAUUGUCCCCC